CUUGUGAUUAUUGAGUGUGUAAGCAUCGGAGAAAAAGACUAGCUGCAGCAAGCAAUCAUAAAAAUAAAAUAAUGGAGGACGACAUGAGGAGGACGAUGAUGAAGACAAACUUCCUCGUUCAUUGCAAAAAGAACAUCAUGAACGGCGGUGGGGAGGAACAUGACGACGGUCCUCUUUCACUCCCCGGGUUCCGGUUCCAUCCGACGGACGAAGAGCUAGUUGGGUUUUAUCUCAAGAGGAAAGUGGAGAAGAAGGCUCUGCGAAUCGACAUCAUCAAACACCUCGACGUCUACAAGUAUCAGCCAUGGGAUCUCCCAACAGAUGCACAAGGGGGAGGAGGAGAAAGGGAAUGGUAUUUCUUCUGCAAGAGAGGGAGGAAGUACAAGAACAGCGUGAGGCCCAACAGGGUGACUGUCAGUUGCGGGUUCUGGAAAGCCACCGGACUCGACAAGCCCAUUUAUUCCACCGGCGGUGGUGGUGACUUCUGCAUCGGCCUGAAGAAGUCUCUGGUUUACUACAGGGGAAGCGCCGGGAAAGGCACCAAGACCGACUGGAUGAUGCACGAGUUUCGUCUCCCACCUAGCAACACCUACGAAGCAGAGGUUUGGACGCUCUGUCGAAUCUUCAAGCGAGAGGCGUCUUACAGCAAGAAAGCAGACUCCCACAGUUGCAGAACAAGUGCUUACGAAUCAGCUGGUGAUAGCUGUUGUUUUCCAUACAGAGUGUUGGGGGACAAGCUGGUCGAUGUGAUUAAUUCUAAAUCAUCGUCGUCGGUUUGGAACCAUGGCUGUUGCAGUUCAGACAGCCAAUUGAUGAACUUCACCAAUAAAGAUGACGAUGAUUAUCAUCAAUGCCAGAGCAGCUUCUGCGAGCAAAGCAGCGGGCUACAGCAGGAAGAGAGUUUUGAAGGUGGGAGCUGGGAUGAACUCAGGCCGAUGGUUGACUUUGCUUUCGGCCACUCCAUCUUCUAUGAAUAGUACAUACACAAACUUAAAUAAGAGUCGCAUUGUGAA